GGGGCCGGGGAGGGGCCAUGGGGAACCGGGAGUGUUCCCGGAAACUGCGAGGGGCCAUGGGGAACCGGGAGCGUUCCCGGGGCCGGGGAGGGGCCAUGGGGAACCGGGAGCGUUCCCGGGGCCGGGGAGGAACCAGGAGCGAUCCCAUGGCCCGUGAAGGUCCGGGAGCGCUCCCUGCGGCCCUCAGGGGGAACUCCCCGCUCUGCCCCGGGGUUUUCCCGGUGCCGGGCGGCUCGGAGGGGAUCAGAGCGCUCCGUGCGCGGUGUUGGGCCGGGGCGUGGCCGAACGAGUGAUUCCUGAGGGAGAGGAACUCAACGUGCCCUUGGAAGGGAGAACCGGAGGAUGGAGUAGAAGGAAAAGACGCAAAAAAUAAAGCUCGACGCGAAGUUGUUUUAGGCUCAGGGUUUGGUUUUAUCGGGUGAGAAGCGGCAGCCAGGUGUGAUCUCACUUAAAAAGGAGAGUGCUGGUGGGAAAUGUGACUUUUCCUGCAGGCCUGACGCCCGUACACGUGCUCCGUGUGCCCAGAGAGGCUCUCCGGGUGCCCGCGGUCAGGCCGACUCCUCUAACUUCACCUUCGGUGUUCGGUGACUGAGUCGCAGGUGGUGGAACAUGGCUGGACAAAUAUCAGAGGCUGAUCAGAUCAAGCAGUUCAAGGAGUUUCUAGGCACAUACAACAAACUUACAGAAAAUUGCUUUGUGGAUUGCAUAAAGGAUUUUACUAGCAGAGAUGUGAAACCAGAAGAGAUAACCUGCUCAGAGAACUGCCUGCAGAAGUAUCUAAAGAUGACGCAGAGGAUCUCCAUGAGGUUCCAGGAGUACCACAUCCAGCAGAACGAGGCUCUGGCAGCCAAGGCAGGACUGCUCAGCCAACCUCGCUAGAGCAGAGCACCGCGCUCCGAUCGAAGCCGUGCCGCUGUUCCCUGGGCAGGAACUCCCUGGGGCAUUCCCACUGCCAGGAGGUGUCCAGCGGCUCAGGGCAGAGCUGGGGGUGCUGCCCAGGCAGGGGGAGCCACGGAGGGUUAAACAGCAGCUCAGGCGUGGUGCUCAGCCUGGCAGUGCAGUUUGUUUCCACAAGAAAAUGACGCAGAUACUUUUCCGGGGGCCCAGACUGGUGUGUGAAUUUCAGGGGUGGUGGGAGGGCUCACCUGCCUUUUGCUGAGACUGUUUGAGAUGAAUCAAUGUAACGUGGGGAAUACACUUUUUUAUUUAAUUCAAAUAAAAUCAACAGGAGCCAUA